AUGAAGGAUCAGUCCUGCAAGCCGUGUGCUGAAGGCCGCUACUCCCUGGGCACCGGCAUCCGGUUUGAUGAAUGGGAUGAGCUGCCACAUGGCUUUGCCAGCCUCUCAGCCAACAUGGAGAUGGAUGACAGCGCCACUGAGUCUGCGGAGAAUUGCACGUUGUCCAAGUGGGUUCCCAGGGGAGACUACAUCGCCUCCAACACAGACGAAUGCACAGCCACGCUGAUGUACGCCGUCAACCUGAAGCAAUCUGGCACGGUUAACUUUGAGUACUACUACCCAGACUCCAGCAUCAUUUUCGAGUUUUUUGUCCAGAAUGACCAGUGCCAGCCCAAUGCAGACGACUCCAGGUGGAUGAAAACCACAGAGAAAGGAUGGGAAUUCCACAGCGUUGAACUAAACCGAGGCAAUAAUGUCCUCUUUUGGAGAACCACAGCUUUCUCAGUGUGGUCCAAAGUUUCGAAGCCUGUGCUUGUGAGAAACAUUGCGAUAACAGGUGUGGCCUACACUUCAGAAUGCUUUCCAUGCAAACCUGGCACAUUUGCAGCCAAGCAGGGCUCCUCUUUCUGCAAGCUUUGCCCUGCCAACUCUUACUCAAAUAAAGGAGAAACUUCUUGCCAUCCAUGUGACCCUGACAAAUACUCAGAAAAAGGAUCCUCUUCCUGCAAAGUCCGUCCAGCCUGCACAGACAAGGAUUAUUUCUAUACACACACAGCCUGCGAUGCCAACGGAGAGACACAGCUCAUGUACAAAUGGGCCAAGCCGAAGAUCUGUGGCGAGGAUCUGGAGGGGGCGGUGAAGCUGCCUGCCUCAGGGGUGAAGACCCACUGCCCACCCUGCAAUCCAGGCUUCUUCAAAACCAACAACAGCACCUGCGAACCCUGCCCUUACGGCUGGUACUCCAAUGGCUCUGAUUGUACCCACUGCCCAGCUGGGACUGAACCUGCCGUGGGAUUUGAAUACAAAUGGUGGAACACACUGCCCACGAACAUGGAAACAACGGUGCUCAGUGGAAUCAACUUUGAGUACAAGGGCCUGACAGGCUGGGAGGUGGCUGGUGAUCACAUUUAUACAGCUGUUGGAGCUUCGGACAAUGACUUUAUGAUUCUGACUCUGGUUGUGCCAGGAUUCAGACCUCCACAGUCAGUGAUGGCAGACACAGAGAAUAAAGAGGUGGCCAGGAUCACAUUUGUCUUCGAGACCAUCUGUUCUGUGAACUGUGAGCUCUACUUCAUGGUGGGUGUGAACUCUAGGACUAACACUCCUGUGGAGACCUGGAAAGGUUCCAAAGGCAAACAGUCCUACACCUACACCAUUGAGGAGAACGCCACCAUGAGCUUCACCUGGGCCUUCCAGAGGACCACGCUUCAUGAGACAGGUAGAAAGUACACCAAUGAUGUUGCCAAGAUCUACUCCAUCAAUGUCACCAAUGUCAUGGGUGGGGUGGCUUCCUACUGCCGCCCCUGCGCCCUUGAAGCCUCGGACCUGGGCUCUUCCUGCACUGCUUGUCCUGCUGGCUACUACAUCGAUAGAGACUCUGGAACCUGCCACUCCUGCCCGCCUAAUACAAUCCUGAAAGCCCACCAGCCUUAUGGUGUCCAAGCCUGUGUGCCUUGUGGUCCAGGCACCAAGAGCAAUAAGAUCCACUCUCUUUGCUACAAUGACUGCACCUUCUCACGUACCACCCCGUCCAGGAUUUUCAACUACAACUUUUCGGCCUUGGCAAGCACUGCCUUUCUGGCUGGAGGGCCAAGUUUCACUUCAAAAGGGCUUAAAUACUUCCAUCAUUUUACCCUGAGUCUCUGUGGACACCAGGGGAAGAAAAUGUCUGUGUGCACUGACAAUGUCACUGACCUCCGGGUCCCUGAGGGCGAGUCAGGUUUUUCUAAGUCUAUCACGGCCUACAUCUGCCAGGCAGUCAUCAUCCCCCCAGAGGUGACAGGUUACAAAGCGGGGGUGUCCUCACAGCCCGUCAGCCUUGCUGAUCGACUUGUUGGUGUGUCAACAGACUUGACUGUGGACGGAAUCACCUCCCCAGCUGAACUUUUCCACCCAGAGACCUCAGGAAUACCAGAUGUGAUCUUCUUUUUCAGGUCCAAUGAUGUGACCCAGUCCUGCAGUUCUGGAAGAUCAUCCACCAUCCGAGUCAGAUGCAAUCCACUGAAAACUGUCCCUGGAACUCUGUCACUACCAAGCACGUGCUCAGAUGGGACCUGUGAUGGCUGUAACUUCCACUUCCUAUGGGAGAGUGUGGCUGCUUGUCCGCUCUGCUCAACCGCCGACUACCAUACCUUCCUUAGCAGCUGUGUGGCUGGGAUCCAGAAGACGACGUAUGUGUGGAGAGAACCAAAGAUAUGUGCUGGUGGUAUCUCCUUGCCAGAGCAGAGGGUCACCAUCUGUAAAACAAUAGAUUUCUGGCUGAAAGUGGGCAUCUCCGCAGGCACCUGUACUGCCAUCCUGCUCACCGUGUUGACCUGCUACUUUUGGAAAAAGAAUCAAAAACUAGAAUACAAGUACUCCAAACUGGUGAUGAACACGACCCUCAAGGACUGUGACCUGCCAGCAGCUGACAGCUGCGCCAUCAUGGAGGGCGAGGAUGCAGAAGACGACCUCAUCUUUACCAGCAAGAAGUCACUCUUUGGGAAGAUCAAAUCAUUCACCUCCAAGAGGACUCCUGAUGGAUUUGAUUCAGUGCCACUGAAGACAUCUUCAGGAGGCCCAGACAUGGACCUGUGAGAGGCGCUCCAGCCGCCUCGCCUUGGCACAUUCCCUGGCAAGCCUGUGACGACUUGGGUGCCAGCAUCUCACAAUACCCGCUGCUGGAAAUCUCUUCAUUGUGGCCUUAUCAGAAGAUGUUUGAAGUUCAGAUCUUGUUUUUUUAUAUACAUAUAUAGAGAGAGUCCCCAAACCUUUUCUGCUUGCCUCAAAUCUGCCAAAUAUACCCACACUUUGUUUGUA